AUGUACGGGCUUGUUAAUGAGCCUAAGAUGAUCGACCUCCCACGAUCCGCAGUCAUCUCCUGGAAUACCGCUGCAGUCUCUAUCAUUCGCGCCGCUGGUCUUGUCAAACCGUAUCUGAGCUUUGGUGACGGCUUCCUAAAGCUUUCCGACUGGCACGGCGAGUUUCAAAACAUCGACGAACAACUAAUUUUCGACACCCAUCAAUACCAAAUCUUUAACGCGAACCAGCUGCCUCUUAACUACUCGGCACGGAUCGCACUCUCCUGCUCUGGCUACCAGGGUUUGCUCCUCGCGUCUAACAAUCCAUCCUCCGGCUGGGGACCCACUAUGAACGGCGAGUGGUCGCAGGCGGAGACAGACUGCGCGCCACACCUGAACAACGUAGGUGUCGGGUCACGCUGGACAGGCACCUUGAACCUUGGUAACACAGGGCUUGAAACGAACGUCCUCACGCCACUGUGUCCCACUGCGCCGGACUGCAGCUGUGAAAUGGCAAACGCGGAUCCCAGCCAGUAUAGCAAUGAAUAUAGAAAGUUCCUGCGCAUGUAUGCUGAGGCUCAGAUGGAUAGUUUCGAGAAGGUCUGGGGUUGGUUUUACUGGACAUGGAAAACGGAAAAUGCGGUGCAGUGGAGCUGGCUGCUGGGUUUGCGUGCGGGGAUCUUGCCUGAAAAGGUGUAUGGGAGGGGUUUCCGUUGCGGAGACGUCGUGCCGGAUUUUUGGGAUCUGAGUAGUGGUACGUGA